GAGAAAGAGAGAGAGAGAGAGAGAGACAGAAACACAGACAGUCAUACAGACAGACAGAGAGACAGACAGAGAGACAGACAGAUUUGGGACGUUUUGACAGAGGAGGACUUCGAUCGAGGAGACUUGCCUUAGUACAACUGGACCUGAGCUGAUUUGUCAGCCUUGCGUAGAGUUGGUUUCACCCCUCAAGUGUCCUUUGGAUAUCAACUGUCCAUGGUUGUCUGAACAGAGGAUAACACAGUAAGAAAGCGUGGCACAGUGUGCGGUCAGUACAACACAGCAGGGCUCCACCGAGAGAAGAGCGGAGAUCGACCAACAAGUGAAGAGGAAAAGCUCAUUUGAACACAACAUGUCUCAAAACAGAGAACUGGUGGUUUACUACAUACAGUAUAAACUCUCCCAGAGGAACUAUCCUCUCAAACACAUGGGACUCAAUGAGCCUACAAACAGGACUGACAGAGAGGAGACAGGCUCAAGUGAGGAGCAGCAAACAGCGACGCACGCCAACGGAACUUUAAAUGGCAUGAAUCCCGGGACCCCUCCAGAUUCCCCGCUGCGGCAGGAAAGGUUGCCAUCAACGGCGGGUCUGGAUGCGGUGAAAGAGGCCCUCCGAGACUCGACCAAAGAGUUUGAGCUGCGAUAUGCCCGCGCCUUCAGCGAUCUGCACAACCAGCUGCACAUCACGCCGGCCACAGCUUACCAAAGCUUUGAGAGCGUGAUGGACGAGGUGUUCCGGGACGGUGUCAACUGGGGCCGCAUCAUAGGGCUUUUUGCAUUCGGCGGGGCACUAAGUGUAGAGUGUGUGGAGAAGGAGAUGAGUCCGCUGGUGGGCAGGAUCACAGAGUGGAUGACGGUCUACCUGGACAACAACAUCCAGCCCUGGAUCCAGAGUCAAGGAGGAUGGGAGCACUUUGCUGAAAUCUUCGGGAAUGACUCUGCGGCGGAGAGCAGGAAGUCCCAGGAGAGUUUCAAGAAGUGGCUGUUCGCAGGGAUGACCCUGGUGACCGGGGUGGUGGUUGGUUCCCUCAUAGCCCAAAAACGCAUGUGAGAGAAGAUGGACAACAACCUCUUUUAACACUCUUCUCCCAUGAUCCUCCCCACCUGCUACCUUCACUGCCCUGAUCGUACACCACGCAAGUUCAAAUGAAGGUCCUGUUUGUCUCGUCAGAACUGCUGAAGAAGUUUACCUUUUGUUUUAUCCCCCCCCUCCUCACACAUCCCACAGUGGACUGAGAAUCCUCAUAUGUUGCUGGACUUUUUGAGAAAAAGACCGGAGGGGGAAGGAGAUCGAGUAUUGCUGUUUCAUCUUAUUCCACCCUGAUGAAACAUGCGUGGAUAUACAGAGACAGGCCUAUUAUUCUUUCAUUCACUCAACCAAUUGUUCCCUCUGUUCCUUUUUCUCCUCUUGUAUAAUUUUUGAUUUUGUUUGUAUGUAUGUAUGUAUGUAUUAGUUUUAACAAAUUUUUUUCCCAUCUUCAUCCUUGAAAAAAGGCAAGGCCUGAUCUCAGAAUUCACAGUUCACCUGUCUGAUACAGAGUCGCUGGUUGUGUGGUCUCGGCUGCUCCAAGCGAGUCGUUUUGAAAACUUGCAGCUCUACAUUAGCUUUGUCUGUGCCAUAUGGAGAGUGGUGGCAGGGGGAGGAUGUAGCACCUGCCCAUGAAGAAGCUUCUGUAGUUCCCAUUUCCUGCCACCUUGCCAUUCAGAUCACACACACUCACAGCGCAACCCAGGAAUUUCAACCAUUUUUGUAAUAAUGAUCUAAAUGAGUCCAACAGACUUUAGUUAACAGAAUAUGGGAGUCUUACACUUAAAAGCUCAAUGGGAAAACUAAAUCCUCUGCUUUUUUGUGUUUGUUUUUGCGUUUGCUUUUGGAAUUUCUGUACCAUUAAAACCUGCUGAUCUGUGCUUAAUGGUCAUACUUGGCCGCCAUUCGACCCUGCCAGAGCCUUGUGUGUGUGCGUGUGUGUGUGUGUGUGCGUGUGUGUGUGUGUGUGUGUGUGUGUGUGUGUGUGUGUGUGUGUGUGUGUGUGUGUGUGUGUGUGUGUGUGUGUGUGUGUGUGUGUGUGUGUGUGUGUGUGUGUGUGUGUGUGUGUGUGUGUGUGUGUGUGUGUGUGUGUGUGUGUGUGUGUGUGUGAGAGAGAGAGAGUGAGAAUCAGCAUUUAUCCAAGCAGAGCACCACGGCUCGACCCACCAUGUUUAUUACGCAGUAGCUAAAGAAUGCAGCAAUUACUGUAGCAACACACACAAGAGACAGAACCCCCCCCCCCCCCCCCAUCUCUCUAUUUAGCUUUCAUAGACGAUACAAAACUAUUCAUUAAAGGUUUACACCACGCUGUAAUGUAAUUGCAAGCAGAUUUAAGAACAAUUCAAAAUUGUGAUGCUUUUGUCACCAAUCUCUGCCUUUUCUUGUUACCUAUUGGGUUAUUUGAACAUUUCUUUUAAGAUUAACAUCUAAAUGAGGCAUCUGCAGUAAGCAGAUAUAAUAUCGAUCAUUGUAUUGUGUAUUAUAUUGUCAGACAUUCAUUAUCUGCUCAUACACCAAUUAUGGAAGCUUCAAAGGACCUGUAACUGUUGGGAAAAAUUACAUUUUAUUAAACUCUCUUUGUCUUGUUACAUUAUUAAGUAGUAUAACUGUUAAAUUUCCAUCUCAAAUAACAAAUAUCUACUAUUUAAAGCUUUUCACAUGUCUUUUCUCUCUUUAUAUGACUAUAAACUGAAUUCGACUGUGACAGGCAUUUGUCACUGUGGACAUGUUGCAGACCAAACCAGUAGUUAGUGAGGAGAUGACCAUUAAUUGCAGCCCCUGUGUUUCUAUACACUUUUCCACAGGGCGGAGGGGUUUAAAAACAUUUUCAUUGAUCGUUUUGCAAUACUCAUGUUCUGCAAUGUUAAAACAGAAAACCUUUUGGCGUUUUUUUCUGCUAAUCCAUUAAUCAUUCCUUAUUCUUCAUCUGUCUCAUCAUCUCAGCACCAGAGUAAAGAUUUAUUAAGCAAACGGAUGGAGCAGCUGCUUUCGAGGAGACAAUGCAGUUCUGCAUGUGAUUUGAUUUGAGCUAAAUGUGACAAGAAAUGUGUCAUAAUGUGUCUGUUCCACAUUUUAAGAAAAUCUGCAACUGUAAGGGACUGUAGGGGCGUGUGCUACACACCCAAACUUUCAUAUCUCAUCUCACACACUCAUUCAGUCCAGCCCCUCCACGUCUCCACCUUCUCCUCCCCAGACAGCAAAUCUGUCUAAUCUCCGUCCGUCUCUCCUCCUCUUUUCCCGCUCCAUGCAGCCCCAUCUCUUCCUCUGUGGUCCCCCAGCUGUCACUGCACCUAGUCACGUGUGUCAGUCACAGCUGGCCCACCUGCUGCUUCACACACAUAUACACACGCGUGUAACAUACACACCUGCCAGUCACAUGUAGUCCAGGAGAGAUGGGGGAAGAAGACCUUGUCUUUGUUUCUAAACAUCCUUCCAUCUCUAAUUUGAAGCUGGAGGAGUGGUGUCGUCUGGGGUUUCACACACUGACAACUGUCAGCUGGGCUAAUUUAAUGGGAAGGGAGGGAAAAGGGUGUGUGUGAGAUCCUAUUCCAAAUACUGUCUCCAGCUAACAACACUAUGUCCUGGUGUAAUGAAGAACAAUACAGGUUUUUCAUCAGAACUCAGAAAAAAUAUAGAAGAAGAAAUCCGGAUUUACAGGUGGAACACGCAUCACUCCACUGUCAGUGCAGCUGUGCUUCUAUCAUCUCUUUCCUUUCAUGUGGACUUCUGCUCUCUUUAUCUUCACAGUACCAUGUAACUAUUAUGAACAAGUUUCACUAAAUAGAGUAAAAGACACAAUAAUAUGACCCUGCAUCGACUGUUGAUGAUUCUCCCUUUGUAAAUGCUUGUGUCCUGAGCAUCUUGUGAGCCAACGUCUGCUCUCAUACAUUCCAGUCCAGCAUAUAUACAGUACAUGAAUAUUCUAUAUUUUUCUAAUGUGUGCCCCGCCAAGAAGCUGCUCGUAGGCUUUCCUCUGCUGAACAGGCUCUUAAACCAGUUCCGUUCCUAAACAUAUCGUGUGUGUGUGUGUGUAUGCGUGUGUACAUCUUUCUGUCUAGCAAAAUGUACCUGAAGGAGGCACAAAUGAAGGUAGCGUGACAGCAUUGGCACAACCCUAUACAUAUAUAUGUGUGUGUAUAUAUAUAUAUGUAUAUACAUAUAUAUACAUAUAUAUAUGCUAGCUAUUUAAACUGAUUAGAAUAGUUCAUUAGCUUAGCCACAUAUUUAAGAAAAACUGAACCGAUAGCUUUUAAACAUUAUUUAUAUUUGGUGUAAAAAACAUAGUUACGCCUCUUCAAAUGGCCUUAAAUUACAUCUUUGCGUUGAUGUGCAUCGUCCUUCAUUGUGUUUUUGUUCUUUAGGAUUAUUUAACUGCUAGUAGACAGAAAAACACAGACAAAGCAAGAGGAUAUUUCCAAAAAGUCCGGUCUCUGGUGCAUCUUUGUAGAGUACAGAGUCCGAGAUUGCAACCAUGUCCAGUGGUGUGUCUGUAUGUAUUAGAAUGGCACUGUAAAAUUGUAAACUGCAUUGAACUCAAUAAAGCCCAUGUUGGAAGAUA